AUGCCGUACAAUUCGAAGUGGACCGUGGCCGUACCUGAAUGCUCCUUGCCGACGUUUCUCUUCAAGUCGCCCACAGCGCCGCUGGGUUCUAAACGGGCCUUCUCAGAAGCUGCUCGCCCAGAUACGCAUUACCUGACACGCGACCAGUUCCGGUUAUGGGCUCAGCGUUUUGCACUUGGCUUGCAGCGGUCAAAGCAUUUCCGGAAAGGGGACCGCAUUCUUCUCUUCAGUGGCAACGACUUUUUUGUUCCGGUCGUGUUCAUGGGCGUGCUGUGCGCCGGGGGGAUAUUCUCUGGCGCCAACCCGACGUUUGUCGCAAGAGAGCUGGCACACCAGUUGAGAGACAGCGGCGCGACCUACCUUCUGUGUGCAGAAGGCUCCUUGGAGACAGGUAUCGAAGCUGCAAGACUGGCCGGCCUGAAUGUCGCUGAGAGAGUCUUCGUAUACAACUCCAAAAUAUUCGAUGGAGAGACCAAAGGGCUCAGAGGGUGCAGAUACUGGAGUGAACUUGUGGCGCCGGCGGAGGACGCCGAGGGAUUUGUAUGGGAUGAUCUAACAGGUCCGGGGAAAGGCGACACCACUCUCGCAUUGAACUACAGCAGCGGCACAACCGGUGUUCCCAAGGGCGUCGAGAUCACCCACAAGAACUACAUCUCCAACACAAUCCAAGUGCAACACAUGGUCGGACUCGACCCCGACUUUCAAGCUCGCAACGCCCGUGCCUCGUGGCUCUGUUUCCUUCCGCUGUACCAUGCAUACGGGCAGACAUACUACAUCGCUGGCGCUUUUAGCCGCCAGGUGCCGGUGUACGUGAUGCCCAAGUUCGACUUCAUACAGUUCCUGGAGUAUACGCAGAAAUUCCGCGUCACAGACUACACGCUCGUUCCCCCGAUUGCCGUCAUGUUGGCUAAGCAUCCCGCAGUAGAGAAGUAUGACCUGAGCUCCGUCGAGAAUAUCGGAUCUGGGGCUGCGCCGCUGGGCCGCGAUGUCUCGGAACAAGUGGAGCGACGAAUAGGCACAGGCUUGAACUUCAAGCAGGGUUACGGAAUGACUGAAUGCACUUGCUCAUUUCUUGGCUGGGACCCGAGACAGAUAUCCUUGACGAACUCGGUGGGCCAGCUCAACGCCAACUGCGAGGCCAAGAUAAUGACUGAAGAUGGCACCUCGGAGAUAACAACUCGCGGCCCUUCUGCGGUGGGAGAACUGUGGUGCCGUGGUCCCAACGUUAUGAAAGGAUACUGGCGUAAUCCGGAAGCCACCGCAGCAACGCUAACACCAGAUGGCUGGCUGAAGACGGGCGAUAUCGCAUAUGUGGACGAUGAUAUGUGUUUCUUCAUAGUCGACCGGAAGAAGGAAUUGAUCAAAGUGAAAGGGAAUCAGGUGGCGCCAGCCGAGCUAGAAGCCCUGCUACUCGAACAUCCCGGAAUCGCAGACGCGGCAGUGAUAGGUAUGCCGACCGAAGACGGAGACGAGAAGCCUCGUGCCUUUGUCGUCAAGCAGGUCGGGCCUCGGGGGGCAAACCUGAUGGAAGAGGAUGUCAAAGGUUUCAUCCAAGGGAAAGUCGUUCGAUACAAACGACUGGCGGGUGGAGUCGAGUUCGUGGAUGCGAUUCCCAAGAACCCCUCGGGCAAGAUCCUGAGGAGACACUUGAGAGAUGCAACGAAAGAGAGGAUGAGAAGAGAGGGCGUGAGACUGUGA